AUGGGUCUCCGCAAUGUUAUCAACAAUCUCAAAGCUGAAGUUGAGAAGUUGAAAAAACAAGAUGCGGAAAUUGAAAAAUUGAAGAAAGAAAAAGUUGAUGACGAAGCUGCGCGGGAUGAAGCGCGUUCUCAUAGGGAAAGAAGUGAACAACGAGAGGUACAUACCUGCGCUACUCUUGCUCUUAGAGAUAAGGAGCUAGAAGAACUUAUUGCUUUACUAUCUGAGCAGGAACAACUUAAGGCGGAAGUUGAGUCUGCUAAAAAAGAUUUGGAGCUUGAGCUGACUGAGAAGGCUGAAACUUCCCGUCGUCUUGCUGAAACUGAAGAAAAGUUAGAAAAUUCUAAAACUGCGCGAGCAACGGCGGAGAGUGAGCUUGAGCCACUGAAAAGUGAUAUGUUAUGGUUGAAAGAACGCGGAAUUGCAAGUGUUGCUGAAUCAGUUCUUAAUUCUGAAGAACUAGACAAGACAGUUGCGCAUUUGUUGGUUGCUGAGCACAAUAAUGGUUAUUCCCAAGGGUAUGCGGAGUGGUCUCACCAUGUGGUUAACGCUUUAAAGGUUGACUGGGAUACUAGCAAGUCUGCUACCCAUGGCGUGAAUACUGAGGCUGCCCUUGUUGCUGCGAAGACGCAAUUUAAUAAUUUACAGCUCCCAGUUAUGGAUCUUAUUAAUGUUGCGUUGCAGUCUGAAGACCAUGUGGCGCAGUUGAAAUUUUCCCAGACAGAGAAGAUGAGGAUGAAGAUCUAG